AACGGCGCGAGUCACUGAUUUUAUCCGGUUUAUCGAGUCUAAAAUAGAUUAUAUCCGAUUGUAAUGAAUCUAAUCGUAACUUCACCAUGAGCGGUUCUGAAGACCCGAACGAGUCCAAACUUGAGGCGGUGAUUCAGAGGCUGGAGGAGAGCGUUCUGUGUGAAGAAAAGCGUCUGAGGGUUCGAGGAUGUUCUCCAGAUGAGCCUCAGUCACGGUUACCCGCCCGCGUGCGCGAGAUCGUGUCCCGAAACCUGAGCGAUAGCGCUGGAGGCAUGUCGUCGAGUCUGUCGGUCCCAGAGGAGAACCGGGUUCUUCAGGCAGAACUGAGUCGUGUGGAGGAUCUUCUGGCUCACAGUCGAGCAGAACGAGAUGAACUGGCCAUCAAAUACAGCGCCAUCAGCGAGAGACUGGAGCAGGCGCUGAGGAUGGAGUCGGCCGAGGAGGAUCCGGGUUCUCCUGAGUCGCUCAGUCUAGCGCAGCAGAACGUGGAUCUGCGCAGACGGCUGGACGAGGAGCAGGCGGCGUAUAAACGCAAACUCACGGCGUACCAGGAGGGGCAGCAGAGACAAGCGCAGCUCGUGCAGAAACUACAGGCCAAGGUUCUACAGUACAAGAAGAAGUGUGGAGAUCUGGAACAGAUGCUGCUGGAGAAGUCUGCUAGCCGGUGUGGCGGCACUAACGGUCAUGAUGACGAGGAGCCCAGCAGCGAGAUGGAGAGCGCCCUCAUCAGGCUGGAGGAGGAACAGCAGAGGAGCAGCGGUCUAUCCGCGGUCAACGCUAUGCUGCGAGAGCAGCUGGAACAGGCCGGACUGGCCAACGAGGCGCUCAGCCAGGACAUCCGCAGACUCACUGCUGAUUGGACCAGAGCGAGGGAGGAGCUGGAGCAGAGGGAGUGUGAUUGGAGGAAAGAGGAGGAGUCUUUCCACAGCUACUUCAGUAGCGAGCACAGCCGUCUGCUGGCGCUCUGGAGGCAGGUGGUGGGUCUGCGCAGGCACGUCUGCGAGAUGAAGAGCGCCACCGAGAGGGAUCUGUCUGCGGUGAGGAACCAGCUGGCGUGUGCGGCUCAGAGUGUGCAGCUGCAGUGUGUGAGCACCUGCUCAGUCUUGCGCAGUCGGGAGGAAGCGUCUGCGCAGAUGCUGGAGAGAGAGACGGGCGUGCGACUGCAACUGGAGCAGCAGCUGAGAGAGACGGUGACGGAGAUGAUGACACUGCAGGCCAAGAGCGACUCGGAGCGGGUCGAGAUCAACACACGGCUUGUGGAUGCAGUGAGAGAGCUUGAGCGUCUCAAAGCUCAUGUGGAGGACAGAGAACAGGAAGUGACAACACUCAACAGGAAACUGCAGGAUCAGAGGAGCCUUGAGGAAACUGAAGUUCAUUCACUCAGGACACACACUGCAGCACUGCAGAACACACUCCGAGACAUCACACAGCUGGUGUUCUCUGACAGUGACGGUGUGGACGGAAACACUGAAGAGUCUCUUCUGCCGUUACUGCGCUCUUCAUCAUCAUCAUCAUCAUUACCCAUCAUCCCUGACAGCUGUCUGUCUGCACUCCGCUCCAGUCUGACCCACAGACAGGUCCAGAUACAGGAGCUGCGUGAGCGUCUGGCGUCUGCGCAGUCGUCAGUCCAGCACCUGCGCAGGCAGCAGACGGAGGCGGAGUCAAGCCGACGGGAGGCGGAGUCAGGCCGGAGAGAGGCGGAGCUUCGGGUGCAGACGCUGCAGGGAGAGCGAGACGAGGCUCAGAGAGAGAGAGAGACGGCUGUGAGAGAGAGACACCGACUCAGACAGGAGAGAGACACACUCAGCAGUGAGAAGGAGUGUGUGUGUAAAGCGGCGCAGACGCAGGCGCAGCUGCUGCAGAUGGAGUGUGAGAGAAUGCAGGUGUGUGUGACGUCUGCGCAGAGAGAGAGAGAGGCCGAGCAAGAGGAGAGAGAGGCCGCGGAGUUGGAGAGAGACCGAGCGAGGGCAGAGACACACAGAACUCAGCAGAUGUGGGACGAGUCGGAGUGUCGAGCUUCUGCACUGCGAGCUGAACUGGCGGCGUUGAGAGAGUCUCUCCAGCAGGGGGCGUCAGACAGACAGAUGAUGGAGGCGGAGAACACACAGCUGAGGGACACACUCACCCGGAGUGAGAGCAGUCGCGCUGAGCUCUCGCUAGCGGUCACGAAGCUUCACUCGGAGGAGUCGUCACUCAGAGAUUCGCUCGCGAAGAUGAGCGCCAUUAACGAGAGUCUCGCGCAGGACAAGUCUGAACUCAACAGCCUCGUCGUACAGCUGGAGGAGGAAAAGAGUGUGUUGCUGUCUCAGCGAAGAGAAGCGCAACAAGAGAAGCUGACCAUCAGAGACGAGCUCGUUCGCUCCGAGCAGGACCGACUGGAGCUGGACUCUGUCCGUCUCAGCCUCAGCCAAUCACUGCAGGAGGCGGAGCUGGCGAGGGCGGGGCUGGAGGCGGAGCUUCAGUCGCUGCAGGCGGACAGAGCCAAACUGCAGGACAGAAUUACACAGCUGAUUGGUGAGCUGGGUGGUCUGGAGGCGGAGCUUGGGUCGGUCCGCGGUGAAGGCGAUAGGCAGAGCUCCGCCCUGGAGGAGGCGGGGCGUGGGAGGGCGGAGCUAGUGAGAGAGAGGGCGGGGCUUCUGGUUCAGCUGAACGCCUCAGAGAGAGAGAACGCCACUCUGACAGAGGAGAUCGCUUGCUUCAGGUCGGAGAGGGAGGCUCUGGAGACGAGUCUUUUCGAGCUGCAGCAGCAAAUAAAUCAAAUGGAGUCUCGCCGUGAACAGCUGGAGUCGGAGAACCAGAACCUGCGAUUGCGUACUGACAGCAUUACAGCGGAGCUGAAGCGUGUGCGCGCUGAGAGAGAGACGGUUCUGUCUCAGAGUGAGAAAGAGAGAGACGCGCUGAGAGACGUGCUGGCGGCGGCUCAACAUGAAGCUCAGCGGGUUCUGCGCGCGACCCUGUCCGACCACCAGGAGGAGCUGGAGAGACUGGCCAAUCAGAAGGAGGCGCUGCGCUGCAGUCUGGAGGCCGAGCAGCAGGGGGCGCUGCGGCGGGUGCGGGAACACCUGGAGGAUCAGCUGACCCGGCGGGAGCGCGAGGGGGAGGAGCUUCAGGAGCAGCUGCGGGCGCUGCAGCGCGACCGGGACCAGAGUCUGCUACAGGCGGAGUCCGACAAACAGCAGGCGCUGUCCGUGAAGGAGGCGGAGAAGGCGGUGCUGGCGGAGAAGGCGAGCGCCCUACAGGCGGAGCUGAGCACUGCAGCGCUGGAGCUGGAGAGACUGGGCCGGGAGACGGCGCUGCUCAGGGACCAGGAGCGGGCUGCGGUCGCGUCUCUGAGCGCAGAACUGCAGGAGCUGCGCUGUGAGCUUCAGGACGCCGGCGGUGCACACGCGCGAGAGCUGCGCAGACGGCAGGAGGACUGCGCAGACCUGCAGACGCGAGCCGACACGGCGCUCCGAGAGUUGGAGGAGUGUCGCGCGCUGCUGUCGUCCAGCGAGGAGAGCCGGGACAGUGCCAGGAGAGAUCUUCUGGAGAUGGAUAAACGCUUGUGCCAGAUACGGGAGGCGGGGGAGGGGCUUAGGCGAGAGGGGGCGGAGCUACGGCGCUCUCUUAGUGAUGUCACCAAGGAGAGGGACGCUCUCAGCCAAUCAAACGCGCAGCUGAGGGAAGCACUGAGAGCGGCGGAGAGCGAGAGAAUCAGCGUGAAGCGUGUGUGUGAGGAGAAGGAGCAGAGGGCGUGUCUGCUGGAGGAGAGCCUGGCGUCUGCGCAGACGGAGGUGUCCGAUCUGCGCUCGUGUCUGCGUGAGGUGGAGCGAUCCCGACUGGAGGCGCGCAGGGAACUGCAGGAGCUGCGCAGACAGGUGAAAGUCGUGGAUGCCGAGCGCGAGCAGACGGCUAAGCAGACGACCGAUCUGCAGAUGCGUUUAUCCGCGGAGGAGCAGAAGGACGAGGAGCGAGCGAGAGAACUGAUCUCGCUCAAACAGAGACUCGCCGAGACAGAAACUAGCAGAAACUCUCUUCAGAAAGAGCUGUCUUCUCUACAGAGGCGUGUGAGCGAGAGCGAGUUGUGCUGGCGCAGUCGCGAGCGCGAGUUAACGUCUCAGCUACAGGACGCUCGCGGCUGUGAGAAGAAGCUUCAGGACGAGGCACGUAACCUCUCCGUCCGCGCGCAGUCGACCUCGGAUGCGUCUGCGCAGAUGCAGCUGCAGCUGAGUGAUGCGCAGGGCCGCCUGGCUGCGACGGAGGCGGAGCUAUCGCGAGCGGAGGCGGGGCGCAGGGAUCUGGAGUUCAGGAUGAGCAGUCUGCAGUCGGCACUCACGCGCACACUGGGCAUCGGGGCCAGUGGGCGGAGCAGCAGCAGGGGGCGGAGCCCGGCAGGCUCCUCCCCUUCCUCUCUGAGCUCAGGGAUGAUGUCUCGCCAUAGGAGCGUGUCUCCGCUGCACUGCUCGCUGUCGCCACCCAAAGAUGUGGCAGGUCACGUGACUCCUGAUAACAGCAUCAUGCUGAGGCCGGUGUCUCCAGAGAGGACCGACGCCCCGCUGCCCGUCGCCCUGCCGGAGCUCGACCCCGAAGCCCUGCGCAGCGGCCUCAGAGACUUCCUACAGGAGCUGCGCGAGGCUCAGCGAGACCGAGUCGAGGCGCGCGGUCAACUGGGGUCACUGCAGAGGGAACUACAGGAAGUGACCUCAGAGAGAGACUCCGCCCACCAGCGCCUCAUUCAGCUGCACAACACACUACAGGAGUGCCAGGAGGAUAAGCGUGGCGUGGAUGGAAAGCUGUCGUCGGCUCAAGCUCUGCUGCAUGAGCAGGACGAGUCCCUGCGGAGAGGAGAGAGAGAGCGGCGAGCGCUAAACGAGCGAAUCGCCGAGCUGGAGCGGCUGUCCCUGAGCGCCGAGGCCGAGCGCACGCGCGUGGAGGAGCAGUGCAGCCAGCUGCGCGCGGGAGAGGCGCGUGUGGAGGCGGAGCGGCGGCGGCUGCGCGAGGCGCUGGAGGAGGCGGAGGGCCGGGGCACACGGGUGGAGCUGGGGAGGCGGAGCCUGGAGGGAGAGCUGCAGAGACUGAGGCUGAGUCUGACGGAGAGAGAGAUGGAGAUCCAGGCGGCUCACGACCGCCACGAGAGCGCCGCCAAACAGGUGUCGGAGGCCGAGGCCCGCGCGGCGAGUCUCCAGCGGGAGGUGGACAGGCUGACGGCGCUGCUGGCCAAAGCUCAGGACGGGGAGGGCGAUCAGAGAGAGCGAGCGCUGGCUCUCUCCCAGAGUCUGCAGGAAGCCUCCGCUGCCCACAGCGCCACCCAGGGGCGUCUGACGGCCCUGCAGAAAACACUGGGCCAGGCGGAGGGCGAGCGCAGGCAGACGCAGGAGCGUGUGGACGGGCUGCGCGCGGCGCUGUCGGACGGGAAGCGGAGCGUGGGUCUCCUCACGGAGCGCGUGCACACACUGCAGUCGGAGCUGAGCCAGAGUCAGCUGAUCCGGGCGGAGCUGGAGGCGGCGCUGCUCAACACACAGGAGGCUCUGCGCCAGAGGUCCGACGGCCUGGCCGAGGCCCAGCGAGCGCUGCAGGCUGCGCAGACGGAGCGGGCGACUGCAGAGGAGCGUCUGCGCAGCCUUCAGAGAGCCGUGGCUUUACUGGAGACCGAGAGGAGAGAGUCCGAGAGACAGGCAGUGCGCCUCGAGAAGGACAAGACUGCGCUGAGGAGCACUCUGGAGAAGGUGGAGCGCCAGAAGCUGAAGACGGAGGAGAGUAGCAUGCGCUUGUGCGCGGAGAAAGGCCGCCUGGAUCGUUCGCUCAACACCGUGGAGCAGGAGCUGACGGACGCGCAGAAGCAGGUCGCGAUGCUGCAGGCUCAGCUGGCCGAGCUGGAGCAGAGUCACAGCACUAACGAGCAGUCGGCCCGCGUGCGCGAGGACGAGAGACACCGCGUCAGCCAGAGAGAGGCGGAGCGGACGCUAGCCGCGCGAGAGAGAGCGUACCGCCAGCGCGUCAGGGGUCUGGAGGAGCAGGUGUCCACGCUGAAGGAGCAGCUACAGCACGAGAUCCGCCGCAGAACGCCCUCGCUAACGUGAGAUAUAUCA